AUGUCAUUUGAUGAUGUUUCCAUGGAGAGUAGCAAGAGCUUUGUUUUUGCUCUUCAGGAACUGAAGAACUUGAGGCCUCAACUCUAUUCUGCUGCAGACUACUGUGAAAAAUCCUAUCUUCAUAGUGAUCACAAAGAAAUGGUACUUGAAAACCUAAAAGAUUAUGCUGCAAGUGCCAUUGUAAAUACUGUUGAUCAUCUUGGGACUGUGGCUUACAAGUUAACUGACCUUCUUGAGCAGCAAGCAUUGGAUAUCUCAACCAUGGACUUGAAGAUCUCUACUCUAAACCAGAGACUUCUUACAUGCCAAGUAUAUACAAAUAAAGAGGGUGUUCGGCAACAGCAGCUGUUGGCUAUUAUUCCUCGACAUCACAAGCACUACAUUUUGCCAAAUUCGGUCAAUAAAAAGGUACAUUUCCGUCCAUACAAACAAACUGAUGCAAAACAAAAUUCUUUUAAAAGCAGAACGCGUCCUCAACCUUCAGGUACCCCUGUUGCAAAAACUCUUUCAUGGCAUCUAGCAUCAGAAACUAAGUCAACCUUAAAAAGACGAAGUUCACAUGCUUCCAAAAAAAUCAAGGACCCAAAGUUUUCUUCCAAGACCACUGGAGUUUUCCACCUUGUAGAUAAUCAAGACAUUAUGCAGUUAAAACCCUCGGCGCCAAAAAACCACAUUCCAAAUGGAGUACCUACUUCUAGUGCUGCCACCCAAACUCUCGGAGUCACAGGAAAGGAUGCAUUAGAGGGUUUCAGACCAUUGACAAAAUUUGGGUCCUUUAACAAUCAAAAUGUGCAUGAGACUGAGACAGUUCAUGUUCCUAGUCGCAGCAAAAGUGUGCUAUCAAGUCUUUUUGUGAAGCAAAGAUCUGCAAAAUUGAGAGCUGGUUCUGUCUCAUAA